UAAUUCAUAUAACUAAUCAAAUAUAUCUAACUUUAAAAAACAUUUUUUUCAAUUUUAAUUAGCAAAGUGUAACUUUACGGUAUAACGUUACGACUCGUGCGAUAACACAUGUAUCAUCUAUGUUAAUUGUUAAAUUUUGCAAAAAUCUAAAAUAAUUUGAAUUGAAUGAAUGUCUGUAAAAAAAAAAGAAUUGAAUGAAUGAAAAAGUUGAUUACAAUUGUCGUAAGAUACACUUUACAUAGGGGUUUUUUAGAUGAAAUAGAAAAUACCACUGAAUUUCAGACACAUAGAACUAUGAAGUCUCAAGUUCGAACCCGGGUGAAGGUGUCAAACAUAGUAAUAUCGACAUUGCCAACAAACACUAAGUUGUAACUAAUACUAACCAUCUUGUAAUUACAGUUAACAAACUCUGACAAGUUAAGGGGCCCAAAGUUCUAGGAUGAAAAUUAUGAAGCUAAAAUCGUAAGAUUUCAAAAGUUAACAAGUCAACAAAUAUACGCGCUUUCAAAAAAUAAACUUGUAGGCUAAGCUAAGUAGUAAUAUUAACAUCAAGAGUGAACACCAAAACUCACUCAUCACAACACAAGUCAACAAAACACAAUCUUAGUUAGUUCAUGUUUUCUUUCUCAUCCAAUGUUAGAAAGCAUUUGAUUCCACAAUAGCAACAAAACCAACAUUACUUUCUUUGUUAUCAUUAUCCUCAAAAAACACACACACACACACAAGAGUCGCUAUAGCUAUGGCGGAACUGUUGGGUGGAGCUGCCAUUGGAGCUCUCAUGGGAGAGACAGUGAAACACGCAGUUCAGGAAAUAAAAAAUGGUCGAAAAUUUGGUCCCACACUGAAAACCAGCGAACAAACUUUAAACGCUUUGGCUCCUUUGGUUGAACAGAUCAAAGUUUCCAAUGAUUCAUUGGGUCGACCCAGAGAAGAUAUACAGAAGUUAGAGACUCACAUAGGAGAACUUAAAGAGCUUGUGGAAAAAUGCAAGAAACUUACUCGGGGGAACGUUCUUUCUUUUUCACGUUACCAAGCAAAACUUAAGAGGAAAUUUGAGGCUCUUGAGAUACAUUUAUCUUUUAUUGUUCAACUUGAGAAUAAAAUUGAUUUGGGUAAGUUGUUGGUUAUGCAGAAAGAAAUUUCUGAGAAUAUGGUUAGGAAAAAUGAGAUUUUGGGUCAGUUUAAUGGGAACGAAAUUAGGGGUUGGUGUGGUGCUCCUGAUGAGCCUCAAUGUAUAGGAAUGGAUGAGCCUUUAAGUAAGUUGAAGAAACAAUUGAUGAAGGGUGGUGUUUCUGUGCUUGUUUUGGCUGGUUUGGGUGGAUCAGGUAAAACCAAUAUUGCUAAGAAACUUUGUUGGGAUCCACAAAUCAAAGACAAGUUCAGAGGAAACAUCUUCUAUGUUACUGUCUCAAAAACUCACAACUUGAAGAACAUUGUACGGACACUAUUUCAACAUUGUCAACAUGGGGCGCCUAUGUUUCAAUCUGAUGAAGAUGCAAUUAACCGAUUGGGACUUCUGCUGAAGCACGUUGGUACUGACUCAGAAGGCCAUGUUGUGCCAAUAUUAUUAGUCUUGGAUGAUGUUUGGCCUGAAUCAGAAGAACUUGUAGAGAAGUUCAAAUUCCAAAUGUCAGAUUAUAAGAUUUUGGUGACUUCAAGGGUUGCAUUUAGAAGAUUUGGCACUCCAUUCAAGUUGGAUCCACUUGUUCAUGAUCAUGCAGUGUCCCUCUUCCAGCACUAUGCUCAAUUGAAUGAGAGCAGCUCAUACAAGCCUGAUAGAGAUCUUCUUGAUGAGAUAGUGAAAGGUUGCAAGGGUUCACCGUUGGCGCUUCAGGUCACUGCUGGAUCACUCUGUCAGCAGCCUUUUGAGAAGUGGCAAACUAUGAUGGAACGUUUAAAGAGUCAAACCAUCCUUGAGUCUAAUAGCACUAACUUGCUUUCUCGCCUGCAACAAAGUUUGGAUAUAUUGGAGGAUAUCAAAGAGAAGGAAUGCUUUGUGGAUCUAGGGCUAUUUCCUGAAGACCAGAUGAUCCCUGUAACUGUCCUCAUUGAUAUGUGGGCAACACUGUAUAACCUAGAUGAAGAUGGUAUCCAAGCAAUGGCCAUUGUCCACAAUUUAAACACCAGGAAUUUGAUUAGUAUAAUAUCUACAAGGAAAGUUGCAACAGAAGCAGACAUGUACUACAAUAACCACUAUGUCGUGAUACAUGAUCUCCUCAGAGAACUAGCAAACCAUCAAAGGAAAGAGGAAUCGUUUGAUCAGAGAAAGAGACUGAUCAUCGACUUGCAUGGAGAUGAUCGUCCCGAUUGGUGGAUAGGACCGAAUCAGCAUGGAAUGAGUAGUUGUAUGCCUUCAUCCGUAACUCGGAUGUGGGUAAAACAAAAGAAAGUAAAGGUUGCUGCCGGUAUAUUGUCUAUAUCAGCUGAUGAAACAUUUUCUUCGGGUUGGUGUGACAUGCGACCUGAUGAAGCUAAGGUUCUGAUAUUAAAUCUUCGGUCUGACAAGUACUCAUUACCGGAUUUCACCAAAAAAAUGAGUAAACUGGAAGUUUUAAUAGUCACAAAUUAUGGUUUUCAUUGUUCUGAAUUAACCAAGCUUGAGCUACUUGGUUUUUUAUCAAACUUGAAAAGAAUAAGGUUGGAGAAAGUUUCUGUCGAGGGCCUAUGCAAAUUGAAUAAUCUGCGAAAAUUGUCCCUUCAUAUGUGCAGUACAAGAAAUGCUUUUGAAAGUUGUUCUAUCAAAAUUUCAGAUGCUAUGCCAAAUCUAGUGGAGUUGAGCAUUGACUAUUGUAAAGAUUUGAUUAAAUUGCCUGAUGGAUUGUGUAACAUAACCACAUUGAAGAAGCUCAGUAUCACCAACUGCCACAAUCUUUCUGCAAUGCCUCAAGAUAUUAAAAACCUGGAGAAUUUGGAAGUGCUAAGGCUUUGUUCCUGUUCUGAUUUAAAAGAGAUGCCAGAAUCUGUUGAAGGCCUUAACAAGCUACGUUGUCUCGACAUCUCAGACUGUGCGAGUCUUCCAAAAUUACCGGACGAUAUUGGUAAGUUGCAAAAGCUUGAGAAGCUCGCCAUGAAGGGUUGCUCAAAGUUGAGUGAAUUGCCUAAUUCUGUCAUCAAAAUUGGAAAUUUAAAGCAUGAAAUGCAUGUGAUCUGUGAUGAAGAACAUGUUAUCUUAUGGGAACAUUAUCGCAACAUUCCCUAUUUAAGCAUAGAUAUGCAUAAAGAAGAUAUUAACUUAAAUUGGCUUCAUAGAACUCGUUCCUGAGUGUUGAUUCAUGAAGAUAAAGUGAGUUUAAGUCAUGUUGAUACUUGUAAACAAUGUUGUUACACAUGUUUUCCUAUUUAUCAUGUUGUCCAUGUAACUGUAGGGAUUUGUGUUGGAUUGUAAUAUUGCUACACAUAUGAUAAAUAAUGAGUGGGGUGGGCUGUUUAGUUGGCAAGUUUGUUAUGCCUUGGUAGUAUAUUUAUAGUGAGGUGAGGGAAGCUUGAGAUUAUGGAAGAUUUUAGUUUGAACCAUUAUAGGAGUGUUCUCUUUCUUUGAGAGCUUAGCUCUAGUGUAGAUUGAAAUUCAUUUACUUCAACAUUUUAUCUUUCAUUUUGCUAGUUGCCAUUGUAAGAGUUUUUCUCCAUUUUCCAGUCAAUAAACACAUUAUUUCUUA